CAGCUAGUGCUUCUUCUAAGCUUGCAUGCGGUGAUGUCCAUGAAAUCCUUGAUGGCCAAACGUGGCUGGGCUCGCUAGACCGACGGAUACCGUCGUGUAGGCAGCGCCGCCUGAUCAAGGCAAGAUCAAGCCUCGUUGAACAUCCACCGUAUCCAAUCGUCCGAAACGGAAUCCACUAUUCGAUUUAAGCAUGGCGCCGGACGGGAAAGCGCAAAAGGCGGAUGGGCAAGUGCAGCGCCUUGGCAUGACAAGCUUCGCUGUUCGGUGGCCACGAGCCCAGUGAAGGUUGGUAACAGGGAAAUGCAAAGUCCCUUGUGAGCGCAUCUGUACUUGAACACCCACAGGCCCUUGUCCCUGUCCCUUUCCUGCCUUCUGCAUUAUCUCGAUCACUGCUACACCUGCAGUGCGACUGCAUUGGAAGUCGCCAUGGAAUUCCGGAAGCUACUCACCCUGGCUAUCGUCCCGUCGAUACUCUACUUCCUAGUGUCGCUGGUUUCGGUGGCUUUGACGACACAUUACUGGAUCAUAGGCGACUGGAUUACGCCUCGAGGUGUAAACGUCCAGACCAGCACCUUCAACGAGCGCACACAAUCAUACACAAUCGACGAGACUAUUGUCUAUUUCACCGACAACGACACCGAUGCGACUAUCGUGUCUGGAUGUCUCUGUCUGACUGCCGCUGUCUUAGCGCUCAUUGCUUGGGCGCAAUUACGAAAGCCAGGCAUGGACGCUUUCGACGCAACUAACAAACGUCGUUUCUGGGUACUCGCUGUAUCUGUGACGUCCCUUGUCGGUGCUGUCACGGGGCUGGUGUCUAUCAUCCUCCAUUACACUAACAAGGGCGACGAUGCUUUCGGUUGCAGUUCCGAGACCCUCCAGAUGUCCGGAAGAUUCAACACGAACAAGUACUGCACAAGGGAGAUGGCAGCUUGCAACUUCCUCCCCAAGUACCUGUCCACGAAGAGCGACCGAGAUAGCGCUGCGCUGGGUUGCACCGAGGCAGUCACCGUCAAAUGGCUACAGGUUGCGCUGAUUCUAUUGUCACUGGUCACCCUCGCCCUUUUCUCGGUACAGGCAAGUCUGCGCAGAAAGACAAGACCAUCACGAAUGGCUGCGGCAGAGAAGGAUCCUAUGCCAGUGGACUCGAUCGAGCGCUUCCAGUCAAGUGAACCCUCCCGUGAGCGCUUCUAGAUGCCCUGCACUCAGUAUCACAUACGACUAUUACGACUUACGACUCCCCCACGAACACGACAUCACUCUGCAUUACUGGCGCUCAUCAUUUCGUUCACAUAGACCUUGAUUUACACCAUCUCGGCGCAACGAAUAACCAUAACUGUGCAUGAAAGGCUGCCGUAUACUACAUAAUUCCUGGAGCUCUAACAUGGCGUUCACUCGCCUCCGGGCUACGUCCUCUCCUAUCUUCAUGGAUGCAUAUACAUAAUACAAUAAUAUUCCGCACUCAUCCACAAACUUCCUGAUUCUUCGUUCCAAGGCACGGCACUGUUUGGUGUCUGCGAGGAAAGCACGG